GACAGAUGUUAUGUCAUGUUUAUGACAGUGUCAUGUCAGUCUUAUUCACCCCCCUUCAAAUAAAGUGUUACCAUAAUUUCUUUGUUGUGACAAUGCUUCUAGGUAACAAAUCUUACGUUUUUGGAAAGCCUGUUCAUCUCCCUUUCAAUUGUGCUACAUUUGUAGGCAAAAUUCAUUUGUAGAAUAUAGUGGGGGAUAUAAGUAUUUAAUACACAGCUGACUUUUGAAAUUACUUACAAAGAAUGGAUAGGUUUGCAAUUUAAUAAUAAUAAUUAGCAUUUUACUGCAUGAAAUAAGUAUUUGAUGUAACUUAAUAUGGUUUUCAGAAACCUUUGUUCCUGUAGUUGUUGACCAGGUUACACAUGCUGGCUGCAGUAGUUAUUUUCACCACUCCUUCAUACAGAUCUCCAGGUUUUGGGGCCACUCCAGGAAACUGAAAUGCUCCUAAGAACCAUUCCUUAGUUCCCUUGGUGGUGUGUUUUGGGUCACUGUCAUCGUAGAAGACCCGGCUAUGACCCAUCUUCAAUGCUGUUACUGAAGUUGUUGUCCCAAAAUCUUGCGAUGCCAUCCCAUCCAUCCAUCCAUCCAUCCAUCCUUAUCUCAGUAAGUUCAAUAUCCAGCUAAUGACCGGAUUAUUUGACUCAGGCAUGUUGAAGCAGAGACACAUCAAACAGUAGCAGGACACCGGCCCUUAAGGAGUGGAUUUGACGAUCAAUAAUCUAUAGUUUUGGUUCCUUGGAUAAGCUUUUUGGUCUUACCUGUGGUGUGGAGAGGUUAGAGUCUGAGUAUGUGGAUAGGUGUCUUUUUAUACAGGUACUAAGCUCAAACAGGUGCAAUAGAUACAAGUUGGACAAAACUACUUGUUAAAGACAAACUAACAAGUUCAUUCUUCCUGGUAGGAAGGGAGUCAAAUACUUAUUUAAUGUGAUAAAAUGCUGCUAAUUAAUUAGUUUAAAAUCAUACGAUGUGAUUUUCUGGAUUUCUUUUACAUUCUGUCUCUCACAGUUGAGUUGUACCUCCCAUGAUAAUUGCAGACUUCUCCACCCUUUGUAAGUAAACCGACGCUGAAUUAAAUAUUUCCCCCACUGUAUGAAAAACUUCCCAAAUUCCCUAUGCAAAUGUGAAAGUGUUGUUUUUGGUUUCAUACCUGAAUUGGGUGUUUAACGCUUAUAGAAAUUAACUAAUUGUCAAUUUAACAACUAACUAAUCCCAACUAACUUAAAAAAAUAAAAAUUUAACAAACAUGAACCUCAGUAAUGCCUGUCAGAAGUGUCUCAAAGUUUGAACAAAGAAUGGAAAAAAAAAACAAAUCAACAGGUAUGAGGCUUUAGAAAUCUGAAUUUUUUUUUGGUGAACGUUUACUUAGGUCUUGGUCACUUUUAGCUUCAGCAUCCAGAACCUACUAAUCAGGAUUUAUGCAAAACAAGGACACAGAGAGCUAUCUAUUGCAGGUAGGGUAUUAACUACUUAUUUUGACAGAAUCCCAGUUUACAAAUCCUGACCCUAUCCCUUUAAGCCAAAAUCAGCCCAUUAGCACAGACGAGGAGGAAAGUGGGCUGGAUUUUAUUUUAAUUAUCACCAGCUUUUUUUCUCUAGUCUCUAAUUACGCAGGAGAUCAGUUUGAACAUUUUUAUAGGUAGUUAAGGACCUCUAAGUAUUUCCUUGCAGGUUGGGCUCAUGCUGAGAUCCCGCCAUCUAGAUGACGAGUGAGACUGGAGUUUACAGUAAAUCUUUGCCCAUCCAUUUCAGCCGCAGCUGUCUUGGCAGGAACUCAGUGCUGUUUUAGGAUGCAGGAUGUAUAUUUCAGUUGCAGCGGGUGAAAAAUGGCUCUUGAUUUGAGCCGUCAACAUCUCCCACAAAAAGAAAUCUGCCCACUCUUCUUCCCUCUCACACUUAAGGGGAGUCCUGCUCAGUGUGAGAUGAUCUAAUGCAUUUGAAUUCAGUGAGAACGAGGCUGCGCUAUGAGGCUGCAGUCACUGAUAAUUUAUUUAUAAAACUGAGUGUGACAGUAAACCGACCAGAGGGAAUAAUGUCAGCGCAUAUCUAAAUGCAUGCAGAAAUGACUGCCGCUACACAAAUGGAGAAAUCUUCUCAAACAUAGAUCUGUGUUUGUGUCUGUGCAGCAGCGUUACAUAAGUCAGCAGUGCAGGUUUUAUGCUGCAUUGACAGUACAACUGAAUCAAAUCCUUUACUCUCAGAGAGUAUUGUGCUCGUGUGAGAGCAUUGAUACAUAUCUGAGCAGACGGACAGGAAGCAGUAAGCUGCUUAGCCCUGCGCUGACUCAGUAUCCAAGCUACUUCUCUGUUCCCUAUAAGAGCGAAGCUUCAAUCAACAUUUCUUACCUAGACUUAGCCAGCUGGAAAAAAUUCUGUUUAUUACUUAAAUAGACUUCACCUCAGAUCCCAGACCAGCAAAAUCAACUAAGAAGUCAUGGAAAGUUAACGGCGCUAAUGAAGAGAACUGUGUGUCACCGAGAAGGCAUUUACUUUCUGACUGAAACAAUAUGUCAGUGUUUUAAAGGUGUAACAUUGACAUUUAAUCAGUGUUUAAAACUGCCAAUAAACCAAAUAGCGUUUCAUUAUAUUAAAAGAAACAUUCUAUACAACUGUCUACGUGAAUUUGAUUUCUUUAUCUCUGCAGCUGCUGUCAAAAUUUCAAUGACCCACAACCCUUCAGCGGCUAUGAUUGGUUCUACAGGUGCAUUGCUCAGCUAAUCCAAUUUCUGCCCAGCUUCCAGUUACGUGGCACGUAUUCAUGGUGCUGUCAAAGGGAGAUACCUGCUCAGAAUGAAAGGACUACUAUUCUGUGUUUUUGCCAUCAUGAUGCUCACACCUGCUCAAGGAGAGGAAGAGGAGCAGCUGCUGGAGCUAGAGGGACUGGAACCAGAGGAAUCAUACCUGGAGUGUUUCCGCUGCGAUCUGGGCUUCUGGGACGUCUGCUACACGACAGAAACCAACUGCAGCCGCGGGGAGCUCUGCUACACGGGCCGAGGGAAGGCAGCUGAUUCUCUGGAAAUAAAGACGCUGGGCUGUGCGAAGGCCGAGGAGUGUAACGUGAAGACGACGGUGGCGCUUUUUUUAAAUAAUACAAUCUUUGUUAUGACCAAAUCCUGCUGUGACACCCCUUUCUGCAACUCUGCACAAACAUUACCCAUAUACACAGUUUUUCAUAUCACUUUGGCCAGUAUAACCAUCACUCACAUCACUAAAGUCUUGGUUGGAUAAAAAAAAUUAAAAAUUAUUCAGUUUUGUUGUUGAAAAAACACAAUUUAUGCUACUUCAAGCAAAGACACAGCCAGAUUUGCAAAAUGUUUUUACUGAGUAAUCAAUAAGUAAACACUAGAUAUAUGUAACACAAACCAUGUACCAUUUAUACAGUAAUUCCUUCACAAAAUAAACAAUGUGCUUGAACUGUU